GAAGUAGGUAAAUUUUAAUAAAAGAUGUUAUCUUUGAUAUGCUCACUGAAUAACUUGCUUGCAUGGGUCAUUGGCAUUUACACCUUUACUCAUACCAUAUGUAUGAUUGUGAGAAUGGGUCUUAGGAAUUAUGCCAGGAAACCUCUUGACCUCCAGAAGAGGUAUGGCAAAGGAUCAUGGGUUAUUGUGACAGGAGCUACUGGCGGAAUUGGAGAACAAUAUUGUGUACAGUUCGCAAAGGAGGGAUUUAAUGUUGUUCUUAUUGGAAGGAAUAAGGAGAAACUUGAGGAAACUGAGAUUAAAGUAAAGGAAGCUAGUGGGAGUGUUAAAACUAAGGUUGUAGUAGCUGAUCUGGGAGAGACUGUUGAGGUUGGAUUUUAUCAAAAGAUCUACGACCAAGUGAAAGAUCUUGACGUGUCUAUUUUAGUUAACAAUGCUGGAUGGGGAGAGUGUUGUCAUUUUGAAGAUAUCUCCCUCGAUUGGCAUUUAUCCAAUUUAAGAGUAAACGCUGGAGCUCCGACUAUGCUCACUCAUAACUUGAUCAAUCACUUUUUAUCAAGAAAAACAAGAAGUGCUUUAAUCAAUGUAUCAACUAUUGGAAACAAUGCUCCUCUUCCUUACAUGGGAAUCUAUUGUGCUGCAAAGAGAUUUUUAACUAUCUUCUCUUACUAUCUAACUGACAACUAUGGAGAUAAGAUUGAUAUUCAAAAUCUUACCCCAGGAUUCGUCAGCACUAAAAUUGUCAAUAACUACAAUGGUCCAGAUUCAAUUACUCCUGAAAAAUGUGUGAAGAGCAGUCUGAGAGAUCUUGGACAAGAAUUCACUUGCUUGCCAGUUCCAGCUCACAGCCUGACAGCUCAAAUGUUCCAUACAUUAUAUAGAUACAGCAAGCCUUUGUACAGGAUGCUUUUAGUCAACGACUUAGAAAAGAGGUCUCUGAAGAAGUACUACAAAGACAAUAAAGAGUAAAUUAU